ACUGCUGUUUCGACCUGGUGCCGAUACCGGAUUCGCCAUUAGAUGGACACCAACCCUCCUGUUUCUGAACGUGCGAAAUAAAAGUAUUUCAACGUCAUUUGUUUCUUCGUGACACGUUCAAGAACAAUUUUUUCAAGUGAAUUGUUAUCUGUUACUUUGACUGAAAUUUGAACAAGAUACAUGUGAAUCCUUUGUAGCUGGGAUUCAUUUAGUUAGCACAGUCCACACUGAGGGGAAAGACUGAAGGCCUCGCGCGUUUCGUCGUUGUUUUGGACAUAGCACAGAAUUACGCACACGAUGACGACACUUGGAGCGACGCAAGUAGCUGAAAUAAUAACAACUUUGGACGAGAUAUCUAAUACUGUGGACGCUGAUGAAAUUAUACGCAGUAUAGAGAAAGAAGCAGAAUCCUGUGUGGAGUGGGCUGGUUAUUUGGAGUUGUUAAUGCAAGGUAUGAGUAUCGUUUAUGCACCCAAGCACGAUGUCAAAAUAGAUCCGAACGUGCUCAACGAGGUUGCGAGUAAGUUGAACGACCCGAAAACUGAAAUACUGAUGGGCCUCCUUCAAAGUGAGGGCGGCGAUCAUGUGUUUGCCAUUGAGCCUCUAGGUGAUGGUAAAGCUCGCGUUCUUCAGGGUGAUCAAGCAUUAAGGCCUGAACAAUCAAUGCCGAUUGACGAACUGUGUGAUACAUUGAAAAGCUUAACCAAGUUGGACCACGUUAAUGACAAACCUCGGCUUGAAAAGGCACUUUGCAAGCUGUUCGGGAAAGAUCAUGCUCGACUGGAAGACAAGGUGGUAAGACGAAAAAUUACCUUUAUCUCGAUAUCGGAAGGAAUACCAAGAGCAUCACUCUCAUCUCCUGCGAAAAGGGCAAUGCUAAGAGGCCUUUUCACAGUUAUAGCAUCUCCUGAAAGGGCAAGAUUGAGCGGCAGCAGCACUGUGUCCCUAGAUCAAUUUGCAAAACCUUGUGGAGAAGCUGUAGGGAAAAUAAUUAAGGAAAUUAAAGGAAGGAACAUCACAGGUGUAAGAAUGAAUACAGCUUUUAGCUCAGGCCUUGCAUUUGUGAUGGCUGUAGGAGGUGCAUGGCAUUCUGGGGAGGACGUACUCCAGGCAGGUAUUAAAUCUGCUUUACGAGCAGGUGUUGGGAAAGGUGUUGCAGUAACGGUUGUCAAGAAUACAACGCCGACAAUUACCAACGCAGGGGCUUCAGUUGUCCGAGCUAAUGCCGCUUCUGGAAUUGCAAUGUUUGGUGUCUUUGUAGUUUGGGACGUGGUUGACUGGAAAAUGCAUAAGAUCACAAGUGUGGAGCUACGUCAACGUAUUGCAGAGGGCGCAGGAGCAGCAGGAGGUGGUAUACUAGGCGGUGCUGCUGCAGGUGCGGCUGGAGGAGUAUGGUUUGGUGGUGUUGGUGCUGGAGUAGGAGCAGUAAUUGGAGGCCUUGCUGGUGGAAUUGGAGGGAUGUUUGCUGGCAAAGGCAUCGACUAUAUGAUAUGGGAUCAAGGCGAGGAUGCGGUUAUGAAUAGUUAUGAAUUUUUUGGACGGUAUGAUGUGGACCGGAGUGAAAGACCUAGAAUGUCUCCAAAGAAAAUGGAAGAAGCCUAUGCAGAGAAGCUCAACAACAAACCAGAGAACAUGGAAGAGGAGGAUUGGAAUAAAGUAUGCUUGGGGACGUUCAUGGUUCUAGCUCAAGGAAUGUACCCAUUCUUUCAAGAUUUACUCAAAUUGGCAAAGAAGGUGGGAGAAAAUCACAGCAAUGGGCUUUCUGUUAUUGCAACACUUGUUUGUGAACGAUCGCAAAUCAAAGAAGAAUAAAUGGCCAGUAUGUCUUACGUGACUCAAUAGAAUCAGGUGGUGGGCCUUAUACAACAUUCGUCCUCUGCAGUUUUAAGAGUUCUUUUGAAUCAUAAUGUUUGUUUAAUACGCCAUUUAGCCCGAAAGAGGUUUUAAUACCAGGAUUUGUUGGAUACUUUUGCACUGUCUUCAAUCAGAUAUUUGAACUUCACUUCUGUGUAGCUAGUGCAAUAUGAGAUCUUCAUUCAGUCAUAAGGAGACAUUUGAGAUGUCAUAGACCGUCUUCUAUCUGUCUAUAUGUAUUACUAAUGUACUCUUCUUGCUGCCGGGACUGUGCGAUGGCUCCUCCCAUAUGAUUUCAGUCUUUUCAAAGCUUUGUCAACGACACUGGAGAUAUAAGCAGAUGGCCGAAGUGGCUGAUAAGUAAACACGGAAAUGAAAUAUCUUGGCUUUGGUCUUCAUUUCCCAUCCCACCUUGUGGAAAGGUCUUCUGUCCUCAAAUAAUCACACAUUCCAACAAAUUCUAACGAGAAAGGACUACUUUGAAUACUCAUUCUGCCCAAGAAUUUAUUAGUGUAAUGGAAUAAACACCUCUAUAACAAAUCUCCGCAGAGGGACCAGCACCAUUAUGAAACCAAGUUAUACAAUCACGUGAUAGAAUAAAACAGCACACUGCACACUCAUAUCAUGUAUAAUUUGCUUCUAGCGUUUGCCCUUUAACGUAUUCAGAUCUGGCUGUAAAACAUAUGAAAUCCAGAUGAAACGGACGGCUAUAUGUUCAUCCUGGUUAUCAGAGGCUGUGAAGUUGUAUUUGAAUACAGCGCUGGACGCACUACCGCCACUUGACAACUUGACGGAAUGGAGAAAACAUCCAUUGGGCCAUCGCCAGUGUGCUCUUUGUCGCUAAAAUUUAUUUUUGCACCAUGCUAAAUCUCUUCAACAGCUGCUAGUAGACCCUAACCUACGGGCUGUUACCUCCAGAGGCAUGUCAUGGUUUUUCGUGAUGACUCCUUCGUACAUUAACUUCCACCUGCCAUCUUUAAAGCAAUAUGUUCAGCGCUGAGUGUAAAAAAGAAGAGCGUUUGAAGAAGAUCCAAUAUCAUUUUUUACCAAUAGAAGCAAGAUGCUAUAGAUUACCGAGAGUCCUUUUCAGGACUCCUCAAUCCUCUCUCCCUCUCUCUCUCACAUGGUGCACCCACAAGCCUACUGUAGAAGCAAGAUUGUAUCAUUGAACUGACUGUACCUGCUUAGGAGGACUUCGCACAGGCUAACCUCAGGCGAUAGCUGACAUGAAUACACCUGUAUUUAUCGCACUGAAAUUUACCGGAAAUCGUGGAUGGAUAUCAAAUUAUCGCAUAUAUAAUCGGUACAGGGAGGAUUUAUUAUAUUGUAUCCGGCACGUUCCAUUACAUUUCCUUUUUUGCUAACAAUUAUUCAAAAUGAGGUUUAGACUAAAAUUUCUUCUAAAGCCGCGGUCCGGCAAAUCAACAUGUAUUCAUCAGAAACAAAGAUCAGAUAUCAGAUACAAAGCGCACAAUUUGACUGACUUAAAUUAACUUAGGAAGCAAAUAAUAUAUUGAUACAUGUUAUGAUCAUUUGCGAAUAUCCCUAUUCUCUUUUUAAAAAAAUGGAAUCGUACAUAUUUGAUUAAUAAAUGUUUUGAAAUAUACGUUGCAAUAAUAUAUCUAGCCAUUGAUUUGUUUUGUUUUGUUAAUGGUUUGAAGUUAACGGCUUUCUUUUACUUAGGUCUACGUGCAUACUACAAAUUGUAACUAAUGUGACUCUGUCAUACUGAAUAAUGGAUUUAUGCCGGAUUGCUAUAUUUCCAUGCCCUAUAGAGUUAUGAAUAAACCUAAUAAAAAUAUGAAAUAUUUUACACAUUAGCACUACCACGGUUAUUCACUGUCUUCACUUUCUGAGCACCCCUAUCAUUUUACAUUAUCUCAAUGUUCAUGCAUAGACAGAUUGUUUAGCUCCUGGUGCAAAAGAGAUACAUUUUAUGAUAGCAUCGAAUUUUCAUUUUAAAACAAAAGUUGUCAUCCUAUGUAAUCAGUUGAUGUUGAUAUUUCUUUUGCGUAAGUGCUUACGAAGCAGAUGAUAUGUAUGUAUACAGUUUAUGCUCAUUUGUGAAUUUGCGUUUCGUCUUUUCCAAUACAUGGAAAUGUAUAUUACUUUAU